GGCGUUUCCCAGCCAAGUAUCCCCAGUUGCACAGAGCACAAGUGUACACAGUGGAGUCAGUACAUUUUAUACAGUUUGGUGAAAUCUAAUAGAAGCGUGAUCUGUUUCAAGUCAGGUAGCAAUGAAGCCUCAAUAUGUGUUAUCUGUACUGGCACUCGUGAUAGGCCACUGUAGGAGUGCGUGGAAGCUCUCUGAUCCGGUGAUGCAAAUCGCCAACAACAGGGUCACUGUUACACUUGAAGGUCCGAAAAAUCUGAAGGCAGUUCGGUUCUUCAUGAGCAUAGAUAAAAGCUUCGAGAAGUUCAAGGAUGCCGAGUACAAAUUCAAGCUGGCGUGUAAACGAGUGUCGGGAAGAAAAUCCUGCAGUGGUGCCGGAGGACCAGCGCUCGCAGCGGGCCAGACGGUCCACUAUGCCGUCAAAGCCAAACUGGGUCGGAAGCGCCAGAAACUCCUUGGCAAAACUUGGACACCUGUCUGGGCCACAUCGACCCCAGCGCCCUCUACUUCAACAGACUCCCCUGGGGGACCUACUCUGACUUGUGCGUCCCUUGAGGGUGACCUGCCCGAUGGAUGCGUCGAAGUAGGAUUCAUAGAACCGGCACCCAUAAUCCCCGGCGGAAACCCCGAACGUGGCUUCUACAAGCACACCGAGUCGAAGACCUCAUCUUGGAGCCCUGUGGACGACGAGGAGCUCCAGGGAUGGGCCCAGAGUGGGUACUCUCUUAUCUACAGGAACAUCAUUCUAGACUCCUUCGUGGACACUGACAUCAGCACUGAGAUCCUACAGAAGAUCAGAGAUGACUUCACUACCAUCAAAGCGAAGAGGAUGAAGGUUAUACUAAGGUUCUCAUACAGCAUUGACAGCAGCAACAACAAUGACGCUCCACCUGAACAGCUGCUAAAACACAUCACGCAGCUUGCACCGAUUCUAAAGGAUAACGCAGCUUUGAUCGCCGUUAUGCACGCUGGCUUCAUCGGCGUGUGGGGAGAGUGGUAUUACACGGCACAUUACGGCAACGAGGGCGUCAUCUCGGAGGAGGACUGGGCACGCCGUCGUCAGGUUGUCAGCGAACUCCUUCAGGCGUUGCCAGUCUCACGAGAAAUCCAGUUACGAACGCCCAAGUAUAAGCGACGGAUCUUGGAGCGAACAUCAGCUCUCACAGAGGAUGAAGCCUUUGGCGAAGAGCAGGUCGCUAGGAUAGGUCACCACAACGACUGUUUCUUGGCUUCUGACACGGACUACGGCACGUUCACCAACAAGACCGAGGAAUAUCCGUACGUGCAGCAAGAAACUCAGUAUGUAACGAUGGGGGGAGAGUCAUGCAACCUCAACCCACCCAGGUCAGACUGCCCGACGGCCCUGAAGGAGCUGGAGGAACUGCAUUACACGUACCUCAACGCAGAUUACCAUCCAGAUGUGCUCGAUGCUUGGAACUCCCAGGAUUGCUUCGACGAGGUCUACUCAUCUCUUGGCUAUCGUCUGGUGGGCGUGAUGGCGAGGAUGCCAGAGAAAGCGAGCCUGGGAUCGACGGUGCAUGUGGGCGUGCAGGUGCAGAACAUGGGGUGGGCGGCGCCAAUCAAUUACCGCCGUGCUGAGAUUCUGCUGCUUCACGAGACUUCCGGGGAAAAAUACACCUCGGGGCUGCAGUUUGACCUGAGGACCUGGCUUCCGGGUGACCACAAGUUGCAGUUCAGUGUGGACCUUCCUGCAUCUGCAACAGCCGGCGAAUAUAAGGUCGUGCUCAACCUGCCAGACGGCGACCCCGACCUGUACGACCUGCCGGAGUACAACAUCGAGUUUGAGAAUGCCCAAGAUAGCAGUGAUCUGGAAGGGCGUCGCAACCUCAUCGGCUUCAUCACGGCUUCCUGAGCGGCGUGUCGCUACUUUUAUAUUUAUUCAUGGCUUUAUUGUUAUUAUUGUUAUCAUUAUUAGCAUUAGUAUUAGUAAUAGUAGUAGUAUGAUGAUGAUAACGAUGAUGAUGAUGAUGAUGAUGAUGAUGAUGAUGAUGAUGAUGAUGAUGAUGAUGAUGAUGAUGAUGAUGAU